AACCAUAACCACAAAAUUUGACACAUCUUCCAUCUUCCAUCUUUUCCUCUGACAUUUUGUCGUUUUGUGUACGUUGUUGGGAUGAUAUCAGUAAAAUAACUAAUUUUCUACAAAUAUACGCAAAAAACGUGAAAAAUGGCUUAUUUAUCACGCAGAGAAAUCGAAGAUCUGAAGCCAUCGAUCGAGAAAGCCGUAUACAAAACAUUAGGUAGCAGCGAUUCUUCAGUGCUAAGGGUAGCGAUCGAUUGCUUAACAAAUGGGUAUGAUAGACGGAAAAUUGCUGAUAAACUUGACUCUUAUAUAGACAGUAAAAAGGCUACGAGACUAGCUGAAAGAAUACAAGAUUUAGUCAAUGAUUUGGAGUCUUCACAUAAGUCCAAAAAACGUUCCUACGAUGACGAUAGGGACAGGGAUAGAGACUCAAAAAAGAGCAGAGGCGAUAGGGAUUCUGAGAAACGCGAUAGACAUUUAUCUGACAAAGAUGGUAUCGUGAGAAAUAUGAGAAUAGACCCAUUACCACCACCAACUAAAAACAAUAUUAGUCUGGGUAGUAUUAAAAUACCCCAGGCAAGCAUAUAUGGAAUACCUACUGGGUUGCUCAAUAAAGGCGAUGCAGAAAAAGCAAGGAAAAUUGCCCAAUUACAAGCCCAAAUUCAAAGUAAACUAUCAACCGGCAUAUUGGGCAAUGCCAUCCAAAUUCCCAUUAUUCCAAAUAAGCCUCAGCCACUUAUAUUGGAUGAGGAGGGAAGGACAAUCGAUAAAUCAGGUAAAGCCGUUCAACUUACACUUGUAGCACCCACACUAAAAGCAAAUUUAAGAGCUCAGAAGCGGGAUCAGUACAGGGACAAGAUGGACAAGAAAGAAGAUGAUUCUGAAACCAAGUUUAUCGAUCCUAGGAUCGGUAUUAAACCUGCCCUAAGGGGUAAGAGAGCUUUAAGGUUCCACGAACCUGGUAAAUUUCAACAAUUGGCUGAAAGGUUAAGAAUGAAGACUCAAUUAGAGAAGCUUCAAAAUGAAAUUUCUCAGAUAGCCAAAAAAACUGGCAUAUCAUCUGCAACCAAAUUAGCCUUGAUUGCUAAAACUGAAGGGGCAAGUGAUGAUGUACCAGCAAUGGAAUGGUGGGACUCGGUAGUCUUGCAAGACAAUCUGGACACUUUAACUGAAACUGGAAAGAUUGCCAUCAAAGCUGAAUCAAUUAAUAAUUUAGUUGAGCACCCUACACAAAUGAGAUGUCCUACCGACCCAUUGAAGCCCAUCUACAUGCCGGUCUUUUUAACGAAGAAAGAAAGGAAAAAGUUGCGCAGGCAAAAUAGAAGAGAGAUGUGGAAGGAGGAGCAAGAGAAGAUUCGUUUGGGGCUUGAACCACCGCCGGAACCCAAACUUAGAAUAUCGAAUUUGAUGCGGGCGCUGGGUACUGAAGCUGUGCAGGAUCCUACUAAAAUUGAAGCGCAUGUCAGAGAACAAAUGGCAAAAAGACAAAAAGCCCACGAAGAAGCAAACGCAGCGCGUAAGUUAACAUCUGAGCAAAAACGCGACAAAAAAGUAAAAAAGCUGAAAGAAGACACUACACUAGGCGUGCAAGUUUCCAUCUACAGAGUCCUGCACCUUCACGAGUUGGCCUCGAAAAAAUUCAAAAUUGAAACUAACGCCAAACAACUUUACAUGACUGGAUGUGUUGUUUUGUAUCCGGAUUGUUGUGUGAUUGUUGUUGAAGGUGGACCUAAGCAACAGAAAAAAUAUAAAAGAUUGAUGUUAAAUCGGAUUAAAUGGGAAGAAGACAUAGUGAAAGAUCCAGACGGUAACGACAUUCCGAAUAAGUGCGUUUUAGUGUGGCAAGGAACAACUAAGCAAAGGAAUUUCGGUGAAGUGAAAUUCAAAGUUACUCCAACUGAAAAGUUGGCCAGGGAGCACUUUAAAAAACACAAAGUGGAGCAUUAUUGGGAUUUGGCUUAUAGCGGAGCUGUUCUGGAGCAAGCCAGCGAUUUAGUUGAUUAGAACUAUGUUUGUUUUAAUUUUUAUCUUAUAAUAUUGCUAGAAUUACAAUUAUUAGGGAGUAAAAUUAAAAAUAUAAGUAUCUUUUUACAAUAUACAAAAUUCUUGUUAUUAUGUAGAAACUUGUUCCUCAUGAGACUAGAUUGGUAGUGCCACACAACCAUUUAUUUUUUUCUUGAUAAAAUUUCCAACCAAUCAUCACAAAGGAUCAAUAAUAAGGAAUAGGGAAAAAAUAAAACCGCAGUAUUUGUAAGUGUUUCUAUUGUGAAAUGUUUGAAAUAAAUAUCUUAAAAUUUAACUUGGUGGAGUCACCAAUGAUAUUUCCUUGAUAAAGAAACAAUAAUGAAUCUGAAUGGAAUAUAAAACCCAUGUCCUUUGAUAAAAACACACACUACUACUUUACAAUAAAAAAAAAAUGAUAUUGUAAAAAUACACUUACACAGUUUUUCCAAGAGAGACUUAAGAAAAUUUACACCAGUCUCGGAUAUAUUUUAUAUAUUAUUUUUCAAUUACGUUUACAAUAAAAGUUCAAUCAUAUCAUUAAUCUGACACCAAUAAUCAUUGGAAAAACAAAAAGAAACAGAAUUUUGAAUAAUUUUUGUAAAUAAAAUGUAGCCACAAGAGCGCAGUUUGUUUUUUUUUUUAUAAAAUACAUACAAUCUUAAAUUAGCAUGUAAUUUAAACAAUCAUCAUCAGUUUGUUUUUUAAUGGACAAUAUUUAUGCGUCAGUUAUACAAUUUUUAAAAUAUUUUUUUCUAUGAUACAAAAUUGAUCCUAGCAAAGGGCUUAUGGUUAGGCCCAAUGUUUAUGUUUGAUGGAUUUGGAGGAUAUUAUUGGCUAAAAAAUGUCUCGUAUCAGAAAAGGAACAUAAUCUAUUUAGUAAAAAAAAUAAUAAAAUAAAAAAGGAACCAAAACUACUAGAAUAUUGAGAGACAUUUUUUAACAAAUUAUCCGUCCAAAUGCAAAAUAUGCACAAUAUUAUAUUACUUAAAAAGACCUUGUCCGCUCAAAAAAAAUAUGUAAAAACAGACAAAUAUGUGAUGUUUUUAUCCCUUACAAGCUACUGUACAAAAGAAACGUGAGCUGCCAUUACCAACUAACAAUAUUAUCCUAAAAUGACCCAUUCAUACAUUUAAUCGAGGUACCUAUGGUGGGGGCGGUUCCUUAACGGAACCAUAUUUCUUUAUAAUAAAAUUGCACACAGCUUUUUGGGUGCAAAAUAGCCAUCUGAAUGAUUUUAUUUGAGAACAAAUUGGUUUGUGAUUUUUGUUAAGAACUGGUAAAUUUUGAACCAAUUUUUGACUCAAUUGAAAUUAAAACAAUAUCUGGAGAUUUAUUUAUACAUAAUGGGUAAAGUUUGUAUUUCAAGCUAAAGUCAAAUGCAAAGAAAAAAGAACGUUAUGCAAGGUUGACAUCUUCUCAACUAUUAUCAGUAGAAGUUUGCCCCAAGAAUCUCACAUCUUCCAGCUUUUUAUCAAUUUUAAAACAUUAUCAAUUAUUUCUAUCAUUAAUGAAUAUUUCCCCAUUAAACUCAAGCUCAUUAUUAGGUUGCUUGUCACAUAGUCCAGCUAAAUGACUCUACACAACAAAACCUAUUUGUAAAUUAGGUAAAUUUUGCAUAUCUGGAAUAAUGUUGUUAUGGACAGAAACAUUAUUCUUUCUCUCUCUUAAUUCGACUCGAGACUCAUGCAUUACUUCCUUUUUCUUUGCAUUAAGCUUAGAUUUGAUGUACUAGUCUUGUCACAUGAACAUCUAAUUCAAAGUAAAUUUUCUUGCAUCUUGUCAUCUUACUAUCAAUCUUCUCAACUCCUAAACUUCAAGGAAAAGAGAGGUUUGAUAUACAAAUCAAACUUUUCCACUGGUUAUAGAACUAUCUAAACAAACAAAAUUAUUUAUAAAGAAAUAACAUAAAAAAAAACCCAAAAGUUGUUUAAACCCUUCACAAACAGAAUGGUGGUUUGUUAUUGGAGGAUUUCACAAUAGCUCCUAUAACAAACCAGCCCAGAAAUCAAAUCAAAUAAAACCACUCAGAUAUUUUUCACUAUAAAAACACAUUAAGUAUCAACAUUCUGACCCAUAAAUGCACAUUGAGAGUUGUGUCCCUUCAAACCCUUUCUAUCUAAUAAUAAUUAUUAGUUUCUCAGAUCACUUUUAAACACAUUGUUGUCACUUGUUUCACUGGAUAAAGUUUCUAUCGUUUGGACUUCUUACUCAAAUCCUGCGGCCCUUGGGACCCACCCAUCCCAUAACCGAAAUAAAAUCUCGCCAGUUCUUGCUGCAGCUGCUGGUGUAACUGCAACCAAUGCAAAUACGCUCGAGAAAUUCCCGUCACUGGAGUAUCGCCAGAUUCUAGUGGAGCUGCGCUAGAAGGUUCUUCACCAGUUGUAGCGGUGUUUGAGUUUUCAGGGAUAUUUGCCGGUUUCGUAGCGACAUCGUCGCUGGGUUUGGAUUCGAAGCUGCCACCCGGUUUGGGUGUGCCCGUCCUUUGUCAUCACUGGCUCACAGCGGGGGAUUUUUUGUCCUGCGCGGAAUCGCCGCCUUGCGGUGUCGAACUGCCCGGCGGUGCUCCGGAUGGUCCUCGGUCGCCCGGACCCGAACCUCCUGCCC